GAGUUCGAGGCCAGCCUGUUCUACAGAGCAAGUUCCAGGAAAGGCACAAAGCUACACAAAGCUGUUGUUCGAAAAACAGAACAACAAAAUAAGUUUAUCCUGAGAUAAAUAAUACAGUGAGUUUGGAAGAUAAUAGAGUGUGCAUUUCUUUGUUUUAUAAAAUGGUAUUUUCUAGCAUCUAAAUGGUAAAUUGCUGCUAAAGAACAUGCCCACCCACUCACCCACCCACCCAGAUCCCCCCCCCAAAAAAAAACCAUGGACCUGAAACAAGCCCAUGAUUCUGGAAUCUACUGUGCAGAAAGCAGGAACCCUCACCACAAGCCCCAAUGCCCUGAGACUUCAAAAACUAGCAACUCAUCUCCCACCCCACAGUUCCUCAACUCAGUUCAUCCAGAAAAACAGUUUCUAGGUCUGGUGGAGCCAAAAUCCUCUGCCCCUCAAUUACAAACAAACAUUGCUCUUUGACUCUGUCUGCGAGUUCUCCAGACUCCUGAAUCAUGUACCUCUAGGUCUUGGGGCCCACCUCUCAUUAUUGAGCUCCAGUAGUAUUUUUAUUCUUUUGGUUUUUCUUUUAUUUCUUUUUGUUUCCCUCUGCCCAUUUAAUUGUUACAUUUUUUCCCCUUACAACUGCUAGAGACUGAACUUUUAAAUUUUACUUUGUGUAUAAACUGCUACAAUCAAGACUAUAGCACUUAUACUAGAGAAUAAUUAAUUGACGAUUAAAAUGUCUGCAAAUACAUUUUUUUAUAUGUCACUGUCUUUAAGGUCCUUAUUAAAGGUUCAUCUCCGGGGUGUGGGGCUGUUUUUUCACCAUGGUCUCACUAAGUUGCUCAGGUUGACCUAUUCAGCCCAGCCAUUCAUAAUCACCUCACUAAGCAGGCCAGGCUUGUCUGGAAUUCCAGAUCCUCCUGCCUCAGUCUACAGAGUACUGUGAUCACAGGCCUCCGACACAUCUAGCAAGGUUUGUUUUUUUGUUGUUGUUGUUGUUCUUUUUAUUUGUUUGUUUGUUUGUUGCUUUUUAUAGACCAAAACAAGAAAGAGAACAAGCCAGACAUAAUCCUUUAGGGACUCAGCCAAAGCCUUUCUGAUUUUAUUACUAGGGAAAAAAAUUAUGAUUCAAAUUUUAGAAAGUCAGUUUUAUCCUUAAGUCUGGCUUUACAUAGUGGCAGACCAUCCAAGCCCCAAAUAUGAGAUUUGGACACGUUUUUUAGAGCUACAUUUGUACACUUAAAAAAUAAGAGCUGUUGGGGCUGAAGAUGCCACAGCUGUUUAGGACCACUUACUGCCUUUCCAAGGAGCACACAGUACAGUUCCCAUAAGCUGAAAGCCAUCUCUAAUUCCAGUCCCAGUCAUCUGAUGCCCUCUUCUGGCCUCCAAGAUCACUGCAUGCAAGUGGUGUAACUACACAUGCAGGGAAAACCCCUAUACACCAACAGAAAAAGAAAAGAAAAAAAAAAAAACAAAAAAACAGCAGCUAUAAGAAGCUCACCUUGCCUUGCCCUGUAUCUUCCUGCUUCCAAGCAGGAAACAACACUUACCUCCAGCCCACAGCAGAUGCAUUCCCUAUAAUCCAGGGAAAGCAGCAUUUACCACAGGAGGUAUGGAUUGCAAAUAAAAAGCACUGUGAACUAAUCUGAACUGAAUCAUCCCAGCUUCUGUUCUAAGCUUAGUUACAAGCCUUUACCAAAUCCCUUUUCUUCUCAUUUUCAGAUUUCACAGCUUUGUCAAAAUCAUAAGUGUCUAACUAGAUCUUCUGUGGGUCUUCACUUAUGAGGGUCCUUAAGCUGUGUAAGACAUAUUGAUAUGUAUCUUUCUCUUGAGAAUAAUUGGCACAGGGAACCCAGCUGGACAAUUGGGAAAUUAGGUCACAAUGGAUUUUUUUUUCCAUUUCACCUGUCUAACUUUUAUACAAGGCUGGACAGAAAACCAUUUAAAAGUAUCUCAAGAUAUACUGGGGAUAUCAUAUCUGGGGCUCAUCCCUUGUCUUCACACAUUCAUGGUUUCAGAUUAACUGAAUUGAUCAAAAUUCUGAAAGACACUGUGUUAGGGUUCUCUAGUGUCACAGAAGUUAUGGAGUGGGGAAAAAAAGAGGGGAGUUUCUUGGAAUGACUUACAAACUGCAGUCCAACUAAUCCAACAAUGGCUAGAGUUACUAACUGUGAACAGAAAGUCCAAGAAUCUGUCGUCACUCAGUCCCACAGGGCUGUGUGUCUCAGCUGGGCUUCUGUGUGUGCUGGAAUCCCAAAGAAGUCGGCUCCAAUGCCAGUCCAGGAAUGGGUGUGAGGACAGGUGAGGUCAGGCAGGCCAAGAGGGGAUGAACCCCUCCUUCUUCCAUUGUCCAGCUGCAGGUGGGGCCCAGAUUAACUCAGUUCCUAACAUAUGACAAAACUAGCCAGUCCUUACACAUCAACCAGUGCCUGUGGCUGUCUCCCAUUUUUCUCCUAGCCCUCUAGGGUCCUCGUCCACACCUACCACACCAACAGCUCUAAAAAAAACAGAACAUAAGACCAGCACCUGCAUUACUUCAUUUAGAGUGUGCAGAAUGAUCCUGCUCCAGUAGAGUAUCUGGCAAACCUCAACCCUGAUCUACAUUUUUGCUAUAGUCCUACAAAGAUCUGCUAGAACCGUACCCAGCACAGAGAAACUAGAAGACAGCGCAUCUGCACACUUUAAAGCCACUGAAUUUUAAGAAGUCUGUCAUGCAAAAUAAAUAAUAUAGUGGGCUAACAUACUAUCUAAAUAAUAUUGAAACAUCAUCUGAUAAGUAAAAGAAGAGUUAGAAGAAAAAAGGAAAUAAUCUAUUACUCUGUAAAAAUUUUGCAUCACAUUCCAGGAAUAUUAUCUUCACCUUGGGACUAGCAUGAACAUGUGUUGGUGGCCAUUUUAAUAGCAAAGUUUUUAAGCCUUGACAUCUACUCAACUACAUCUACUCAACUACGAUUUGCCAAAGGUCAUGCCAUCUUGCUCAAAAAAAAAAAAAAGUGUGCUUUAAAGACAGACAGGUCUCUGAGCACUAGCUGUGGUAAGAUGCUUAGAAAGUUAAAUCGAAGAUCUUUGCCUUGGACCUUGUAAACUGAGCAACAAUGCUACUAAAUUGAAAAGCAUUAAGAAUCUUUCCAAAGUUACUGUGCAAGAAUGCAGAAAUAUGUAAACGAGGAGUUAUCAAUCUAAACUCUGAUUGGACCUAAGAAGUCAGUAAACUAAAGAGUGAAAAUAAAAUUCUAAAGCUUAGUGAGAAUGUUGAAAGAAAUGACUGUUUUUGCACAACUAGGUUGACUGAAAACUGUAGGUUGUAAUUUUGUACCCUCAGGAUUCCUUUUAUAAUCACCAUUACACGUCUAUAUCAUAAUUUUAAAAUAAAUUGUAACUAUCGGGUUUCGACCUGAAAUUAAGAAAAGGAAUUCUAUAAUGUGGGCAUUAGCCAAGCAUUCUCUCUAUCCUGGAGCCUCGGAUCUCCGCGGAAGCGAAUGCGGGACCGUCGUGCUGUCACAAAGAACCUGAAACACUGCGCCGCCAUCUUUCCCGGGGUUUUAGAGUGAAGAUGCUUUCUCGCCAUGCCAACACAUAUUGUAAAUAAACAGCGACUGUGCUGACGUAUCUCGAAAGAAAUUUACAUUUUUAAGAUGUCAGUGCACUUCUGUCGAUUUCUGUGGCGACACUAAGGCGUAAAACGGUAGGUUUUUUUUAACUGAGCAUGAUUCUGAGAUCCUGGGGGUGGAAAACAAAGCCUCACUCAUAAGGUUAUCGCCGCCAGCUAAACGGUAUAAGCAAUUUCAAAAUAUGUAUACGAGAAAUAACAACUGAGACUAUUAGGGCAGAAAAAGUGGCGGAGUUAGGGGAAGUGGCUAAACUAAAAUUCCGAGGCACUUUGUUCUUGAAGCAUGUUUUGUUGUACAUCAAGUCCAGUUCCCAAACAGCAGAGAAGUAACGUUCGUCAAUGAGGAGCUUCCGGGCUGGAGUAUAAGACAGUGGUUUCAGGACUGAUUACGCAGGGGGGCGGACUUGCCUUUGGAAUGCAGCAAUCAAAAACUGCACGACAAGAAUCGGCCAAUCGUCAAGCCCUAGAAGCACUUCCGCAAAUUGCGACGGAAGCCUGAGAGCUGCUGGCCAAGGUCCAAUCAGAGCGACGCGUUUCCUGUAUAAAUACCAGCGCCUGCAGCCUUCUCCCCUCGCUUCUUCUUCACUAUGGCUCGCACCAAGCAGACAGCCCGCAAGUCCACCGGCGGCAAGGCCCCGCGCAAGCAGCUGGCCACCAAGGCCGCCCGCAAGAGCGCCCCGGCCACCGGCGGCGUGAAGAAGCCGCACCGCUACCGGCCCGGCACCGUGGCGCUGCGCGAGAUCCGGCGCUACCAGAAGUCGACCGAGCUGCUGAUCCGCAAGCUGCCGUUCCAGCGCCUGGUGCGCGAGAUCGCGCAGGACUUCAAGACCGACCUGCGCUUCCAGAGCUCGGCCGUGAUGGCGCUGCAGGAGGCCAGCGAGGCCUACCUGGUGGGUCUGUUCGAGGACACCAACCUGUGCGCCAUCCACGCCAAGCGGGUCACCAUCAUGCCCAAGGACAUCCAGCUGGCCCGCCGCAUCCGUGGGGAGAGGGCUUGAGACAUUUUCCACAUUGGCACAUCGACAAACUCAAAAGGCUCUUUUCAGAGCCAACUCCAUUGUCCGCAGAAGAUGCUGUAGUACUUGGGCACCAUUAGGGUUUGAAAGGGUUUGGAGGGUACUUCAUCCAGACGAUACUUCCUGGUUUGUGUUCAUCCACGAAGACUACUUUCACGGUGCAAAGAUGUUUUUGACACUGGGUUUUCAGACCUGCUGGUUCUGGAACCCAACUUGUGCAAUAGCUUUCGAGACAUUUACAUGCCUUUCCCUCCCAAGUGCUGGGUCUAAGUGCCACUGUGCCCGGCUAAAACAGAUUUGCUAGGUAUUAAUAAAACAACACGACCUAAUGUUAGGUAUAAUGCA